AUGCGUUCUGCCUUUGAUCGAGAUGGGCUGUGUCAAUGGAGGCACAUCCACCCGAGUGAAUGUGGUGCACUGGUUGGCAUUGACCCGGUUGCUGACUACGGGGAAGAUGUGGCUCUGACACUUGCUGCCAUUGGACAGAUUGCAUCCCCCAUACAUGCGAACUGGAUUGGGUCUCAUGUGAUCAACCAUUUCCGCUGGAUUCAGGAUGGUACCAAGUUAUUUGAACCCUGGGAACAUUUGCAUGCAUAUCGGUCAUGGCUGCUUGCACGAUGCCAACUCCUUUGGCCAACCCCAAAUGCCAUGCACAGAAAUCCACUCACACUUGAUGCACUGCGCUGGGAACAGUUUGCACAUGAGACUUUGGAUUCAUUGCUCAGCAUGGACGAUUGGGACUUCUUAAUGACUGAACGAUGCCUUGCAACCGUCCUUGCCCAGGUCAAAGAACGCCAGACUGAAGUGCAUCGGAUGCCUCCUGCAGAUGCCCUCACAGCGCAUGAAGAGGCCAGUGGCUCAUCAGAUGAGGCUCCUGAUUCGGAGGAACCUGAUCCAGAAGCGGUAGGACCAUAUGCUGAGCCUCCGAGAUUUCAUGUGGUUGAGGUCCCUGAAGGAUUUGCGGCUGUCCUGUAUCCUCCGUACCAUGAUGUUGCAUUUGUCCGACUUUCCACAUCCACCACGGUUCAAGAUUUGUUGGAGGCUGAAGGUCGUUUGUAUGGAUUUGAAUGGUCGCAAGUCACAGUUUUCAAGAGUGAUGGCUCACGCUGGGCAAUGAAUGACAUCAUUGAGCCAGGACAUCUUGCACAGUUGUGCGUCAUUCCUGAUCAGGGUCACACAGAAUCACGUGCCUUUGGACGUUAUGCCACGCUUGAUGGAUUCCCAGGUGAAUGUGGACAGGGACCCAUCCCCAUGAUCUUUGAACCACCCACUGGGGAAUGCGGGCUACUCCCCUACAAAUUGCCCGCCAACGAUGCUGCACAUGCCAUGUGCAUUGCCAGUGCACAGGAAGGAUCAUUGUGCCACCCUGAUGAGGCCACUGCUGUGAUUGGGGAAUCCGGGCCACUCCCCUGCAAAUUGCCCGGUUUUUCAGGACCUGUGAUCCAACAUGGAGAAGCCAGUACACAUCAUGCCUCACCUGCUCUCGGGGAAUCCGGGCCACUCCCCUUCAAAUUGCCCGAUGGCACCAAAGAAGGUUUUGCUGAUGUCGAUGAGGUUAGGCCAAAGCAUGCCGAACCAAGUGAUGAUGAAAUGACUGGGGAAUCCAGGCUACUCCCCUUCAAAUUGCCUGGUUUGGAUCUCAAUGCCCCCAUGCCUGCAGAUGCCAAAGAUGCCAAUGCACUCCGAAUGGAGCAUUGUGAUGCAGAGCCGCCUGGCUUGAGACCAGUUGGUGCCGCCUUGGUUGGAGAUUGUCCACCACCAGAAGCAGGCCUAGUGCCUGUGAACCGCAAUGAUCGUGUGAGCCAUGCAACCCAGCCUCAGGUAUCGCAUGCAAACUCCUGUGAGGGCCAGCUCCCAGAAGCACUUGAAGCAUCCGAACAUGGGGGUGAGGAGGGAUUUCCCUUGGUGAAAGCUGUCAUCUGUACCCCAAACCCCAGAAGUGAAGGGUACCUGUCCCAACACAGUGGAAGCAGUGCCUCAUCUGGCUCAUGUGUGCCUCGCAGUCCGUUGGUUCAACUUGAUGCUGCCAGCCUUGUGAAACUCCAAUGCUCGUUUCCGACCACCCAACCUGUCGUGAAUUCGAUGAAGCAGCAGGUGCUCACAGUUGCUGACCGCAAGGCCAUCCUGGAUCGUCAGGGACCCCUGUGGGCCGAUGAUGAAAUCGCAUGGCACUUAGCCAAUUUGCAAGCCCUGUGCCGCCAACACAUGAAUGUCGUUGUCAUUGACCCCCUGUUGGUUUAUGGAUGGCUCAAUGUUGGGUUUGACAAUUUUGGACAAUGGAUGAACCAAUACUGCCCUCAGGCUUGUUGUAUUGCGACAGUAGCCUAUGCCCACAAUCAUUGGAUCCCGAUUUUCCUUCAGCCCAACAAUGGGACACUGUAUGCUCACACGUGGGAUGCCCAAAAUGCUGACCAUACUGGUCUUGACACGCUGUUUGUCCAUGUUUAUGGUCAUUUUGGUUUGUCUCAACAUCAGCACGUCCGCUUGGUGAGAAUGUUCGAAAUGCAUGAGGGUUGUGGUGCUCUGGCCAUUGGAUUCCUAGCCCAUAUGAUGCUCAGCCGGGUUCUGCCAUCUACACAGCAGGAAGUGAUUGAAUUCCACAACCAAUUGCGCUCCAAGUUUGCUGCCCAAGGAUUGCAAGGACCCCCAUGCCCAAAGCCCUGGCUAUGGGGCAAUGGAUCUCUCGCCCAGAUUGAAGAAGCACUGGCACCCUUCCUUAUCCAGCAUGGAGUGCCAGUGGAACAGGCCACCAACAGGGCCAAGGCUGCGACACGUGCCAUUGGGGCGGCAGCCGUUGAGGAAGCCCUUGCUUCCAAGAUUCCAUGGAAGCAAUUGAAAACACUUGGCAAUCAGGUCAAGUUCCAGUUCCUCCUGCCCUCUGAGCUCAAAGACAAGGUUGCCAAGUCUGCUGGACAAGGUGCAGUGGGAAAACCCAAGGGAGGGAAGAAGAGCAAGAAGACCACAGCUGAGGUUGAACCGGUCAUCAAUGAAUACCUUAGUGAUGUUGACAUUUGGUCCAUUUCUGAGACCCACUUGACCACCAAGUCUUUGUCUUCGUUCCGUAGAGGGCUGGUGACGUCCAAGUCGCCUUUUCGCUAUCUCACUGCUGGAUUUCCGGUUCCCGUACGAGCCCACUCUGUGACCUCUGGUGCCUGGAAGGGAGUUGCGGUUUUGUCAAAACACCCGACACGUGCGGUGCCUGUGGGCUGGGAUGCUGAUAUCAUCCAUUCGAGCAGAGCCUUGGUAACUGCCACAUACCUUGGCAAUAUGUGGGUCUCGAUCCGAAACGACGUCUGGCCAGACCACUCCGUCUUGAUUGCGCACUUCAAUGGCAGUGGCCAAGACGUGCCGCGCUACGUUUGGCGCCAGCCCCAUGCUGUUGACUGGCCCCAGUUUGAGGUUGCACCGAUCCUGCAAAUCAGAGAUGGCCAGGAAACUGAUCAAUACCGAGACAUGUGGCAGAACAUUGAAACCAUUGCGUCUGCCAGGGCACCUCAGCCGUUUUCUGCGGCAUCCAAGGGGCGAGCACGAACACUCAAGCCGAAGCGAGUGGUUGGGCCAACCCAUGCACCCAUCAAAGCGCCGAGGCAGGGAGAUGUAUCACCAACCUUCUUUGGUGUAUCGUUGCAGCAUGCCCACUGGUAUCGCCAGUUGAGGAGGCUUCAAUCCUACCUCAGAUUUGCCCGCACAAGGAGCUCCAGUUCUGACCCUGUGCAUGCAGCCUCCACCUGGGGGGCCAUCAAACGGGCCAAGGGUUUUGACCAAGGUUUUGCUGCAUGGUGGUGGACCUCCAAAUUCCGUGUCCACGGGGCCCCAGAGUGCCUACCUGAACACCCGCCUGACUGCGAGAGUGCCCAAAAAAUUUAUGACUCGAUGCUGAUCGCCUUUAGGAAUUCCAAACCACGUGGUCUCAAAGGUGGAACAAACAUCAGCAUGUGCCUGAAUCGCAAUGGCGUGACAUUUUGCAUUUUGCCCGGAAGCAUGCCCCUCCUUGCGGCGGAUUUCCGCCCCAUCACCGUGCUGAGUUUGGGCUACAGACUGUGGAGCUCGGUACACUCCAGAAGGUUGAUUGCUGCCCUGGACCAAUGGUUGCCGGCUGGCUUGUUUGGAUCUCGUUUGGCCAGUCAUGUCUGGAAGAUUAUCCCUGAGCUUCCGGAGUUUUUGACUUCGUUUGGGUGUUGGUCGGUUGUUCAAGCUGACCCCACCAAUUAUGCAAUGGAUAAACUGCAAUCGGUUGUCCUGGCUGCAAGUCCACUGCGGGGGUUGAUUCAAUCUGCACACCGGGCAGAGCUUCGAGGGGUGUUGGAAGCAUUGCGCAUUGCCCGAAAACUUGCCUGUAAGGAUCUUGAGCAAUUGCAGCAUAAGGCGAACCCCAGCCCCAUUGGCCGAACUGUGGCUCUUCCGGAGGUGGCAUGGGUUCCUGCAGAUGUUUGUAAACGUUUUGGCCAUCGCAUCGUUGCACAGACUGGAGCAUGGUUUCAACAAUCCUUACGUGGUGGAGAUGUAGGAUCUCACGCAUGGGUAUCAUUUUACCAACUGUAUUGUGACUACAUGUUGAGCACUGGUGAAGGUGGCCCUCUCCGUUUUGGGGAUUGGAUUGACCCGGUUCAGCGACCGAACAUUGAUUUGCGAAACAUUUCUUUCAAGUGCCGCUGCCGUUGGUUUACCUGCCUUCUCAAAGCCCUGUGGAAGGCUUGGUGCUAUGACAUUGAGGUGAAAUUCACUCGACCUCGAUCUGAGGCCCUGACACUUCAUGCUGCAUGUGCAUGGCUGCCCUGGGUAGGUGAAAGACUGGAUCAGGUUGAGACAUGGUUGGUAUCCAAGCUUGAAGGUCCGGCCAAACGUAACGGUCGACAGCUUCUUCGACUUCCAACUGCGAGUAGACAGGAUUCUUUUCCCACUAUCGAGAGUGGAAUGAUCCAGGUGAGAUAA